GUAUGUAUUCACAGUAAAUAAUUUUAUUACUGUCUUGUUAGGUACCUAGUCGAUUCCAGAUUCGACUCACUCCUGAAUAAUCUCGUUGAACGAGUGUUAAUAUAACAUUGAUGGUGUUUUUAUAUAAACAGUAAAUAAGAAAUAAACCAACAAUAAUGGCUCAAACUCAAACGGUUGCAGCACCUGUAAAAGAGCGAUAUAUUCCAAAUGGAUUGAAAUUUGCCUUUGGUGGUUUUGCAGGUAUGGCUGCAACCUGCGUAGUGCAGCCUUUGGAUUUGAUCAAAACCCGAAUGCAAUUGAGUGGUGGCGGUCGAUCGUCGUUCACUGUGGCCGGUGAGAUUGUAGCGAGAGAGGGCUUUGUGGCCCUAUACGCUGGGCUCUCGGCGGGUCUCUUACGACAGGCUACAUAUACUACCACUCGCCUUGGUGUAUAUAGUUGGCUAUUUGAUUCUUAUAAAGAAAAGCACGGGGGCGAAGCGCCGGGCUUCGCCAUGAAAACGGCGCUAGGUAUCGCGGCCGGGUCUAUAGGAGCCUUCGUGGGGACUCCUGCUGAGGUGGCGCUAAUUCGUAUGACAGCCGAUGGUAGACUGCCCGCGGAACAACGAAGAAACUACAAAAAUGUGAUGGAUGCAUUAUUGAGGAUAAUUCGCGAAGAAGGUGUUCUCAAGCUAUGGAGAGGAGCGACCCCCACAGUUGGUCGUGCGAUGGUGGUCAACGCGGCGCAACUCAGCACGUACUCACAGGCCCGUGAAAUGUUUGUUGGCUACGUACCGGACGGUAUAACGCUACACUUCUGCGCGUCCAUGGUCUCCGGUUUGGUCACCACCAUCGCGUCUAUGCCCGUCGAUAUUAUUAAAACUAGGAUACAAAACGCUGCCAAAGGACAAAGCCAGAUGGCGGUAGUCACAAACUUACUACGCAACGAAGGAGUCCUCUCUCUAUGGAAGGGCUUUUUGCCGUACUACGCUCGUCUCGGACCGCACACUGUGCUCACUUUUAUAUUCUUAGAACAGAUGAAUUCGGCUUAUUUUAAAUAUAUGUAAAAAUCGAAAAAAAAAACAACAAAAAAAUGUGGGGGGGGAGAGAAAAAGAACUUUUCUUCCC